GUUUUCCGCGAAUCGAAAUACAUCCGGGAAACCAUAUUCUACACUGUGCUGCUUUCUUUUGUUAUAUUUUCACAACUUUUUACGUUUUGCUUCAGGUGAUGUCGGCUAAAUGGAUUUCUAGCUCCAAUUCGGUUCGACCAAGUAUCGAGGACACUUCAAACUGGCAGAAACCUUCGUUGAUUUGCAGUGACAAUGAUGCAAUGUCAAAGGAUGAUCUUAUUGAGGCAAUUACACUUCGACUCACCCGACUGGAGGAGCUGGAGCAGGAGAAUAUAAUUCUGAAACGAAAACUUAAUAGGUACUUUCUUAACUAUUUCCUUUUCGUGACUGCAGUAUUUAGGAAACCGUGGAGUGUCAUUGAGUGCAGUUAAAUUAUUCAGCUUACGAUCGAUCAAAAGUAACGCUUCCGCUUUUCAGCAAGCUAGAAUCUUCGCCACAUUCAUUUUCUAUUUAUUUUUUUUUUUAAUUUUCUUUAUUUCUACUAGGAAAGGCCUUAUAUUUUAAUGUAGCAAUUAUUUCAUAUCCCCUCUCGCAGCCUCAUUACUCAAUGUGAGUGACACGAUUCGACAUCUGUGACCUAUAAAAACAAACUUGGUCAAGAAAGUAACGCAUUAGGCAUAAAUAAUUCUGCAGCAGGCGUUACAAAUUGCAAUUUUAAUCCUAUUCAAAAAAGAAAUACUUAAGUUCACGAUCACUUGACAGCAUGAAGACAGAUGAAGAAUAUAUCUCAAGAGCGAAGCAAGUGCUAGAAGAGAAAGAUAAUGAACUGCGAAGGCUACGAGAGAGGUAGGACAGACGUAUUAGUGUGAAGCGGUAUAUUUCUUUUCUCAAAAAGGGCUUGUGAUUAGCUUCAAACACCCCUCCCCUCACCCUUGGUGGGGGCUUCCUUGUUUUGCAUAAGCCACGGUAAGUCAAUUGGUGCCCCUGAAAAGGAUAUGGUUUACAUGGUUAUUGGGUCUUUUUCACAAAUGAGAGUCUUGAACAAGGUUUCUGUUUUGGACCAGCAGCCCUUGAAACAAUGUGGGAUCAGAAUUUUUUCCCCUAAAAUAUAAUUCCGUGAUGUCAGUUUGAAAAAGUUUUGUAGGAAAAAUUCGAAGCAAAUAAAAAUCGUGAAAUAAGGUCAUUUCUCUUAAACAGGCUGGUGUAAUUAGCAAUUUUGUUUUCAAGCACAUAAACAGGCUCAAACUAUUGUAACUAAAAUAGGCAGCUAACAGCUACUGCAUUUAGUCAAGUCAAUAUCACUAUCAUUAUCAUGGUCAUCAUUACUUUAUUAUUAUUAUUAUUAUUAUUAUUGUUAUUAUUUAUUAUUAUUAUUAUUAUUAUUAUUAUUAUUAUUAUUAUUAUUUUUAUGAUGAUGAUGAUGAUGAUGAUGAUGACAGUAUACACGUAUGGGUAUAUGUGUUAUACAUAAAAAUGUAUGUAUAAAUAAAUAAAAUGAUAAAACGACAAACUUUGAAAAAUCUACAACUAGUAAUGCUAAAUAUCCAAGUCUGUACAUGUCCUUCAUGAUUAAAAUGAAGUUUGUACCAUGUUCCAACAACUUUAAAAGUCCGGACAAUGUGUAAACUGCUCUUUUACACCUCUUUGCACUUGUUUCCUAACAACUGGCUAGGGGACCCCUCCAUAGAACAAGACCAUCCUCCCAAAACAUCUAUUAUGGUGUUAUAUGGUGUGAUCCUGUAUCCCUUGAACUACAGCUUAAAUUCCUAGCGUAAAGGCCUAUACUUCAACACCUUCUCCUUGUCUUUUUUCUCUCGAUUCUGGUUCCAAGGGCAGCUCAUUUCCAGAGUUGUUACUGUCUUUACUUGAUGAUCUACUAUCCUUGCGUUUACUCUGUUGGCCCUAACUUCAGGGUAUUCCCACAAACAUGGGAAUAUCCCAGUAGGCCUGCACAUCCUGGCUCUCAAAGAGUGACUUUGGCUGCACUGGGGAGUACCAAGGUGGAACACUGUCAAUUAGCUUUAGAUCUCGUAGGAGCUCAAAAAAUAACACCUUCAAGGCUGAGUUAUGACUUUCUUGGUAUUUGUCCCGUGCCAAAGCUGAGCAGCCAGCGAGGAACACUUUCUGGGCACUUCCCACAUAACCUAGACAUCACAUCAUCAGGCGGACUGGUCUUUGUCUUCUUGCUGGUUUAGAGCUUAGUCGGUUGAAGCUGCUCGUAGAGCUGACACAUUCCUGCUACUGUGUAAGAAGGGCACUCAUACCACUCCCAUAGCCCACUAAAACACGCUUUUCUAUCCAGACCUCGAUCUUCUUUUCUGGCCGUGAGAAGCUUUCCUUGCCAUUUCUCGUUUCGAAUCUUAUUUGUCCCAUUACUUUCGCAACUACCUUCAGCUCAUUCUUUUCACACGAAGUAUCUUUUCCGUUCAUGUCCUACACACGGGUUGGGGAUGACUGAGCUCACAUGAGAUCCUCAUCUCAUUUGCAUAAGAUUGAGCCUCCUUUAUCAACAACUUUUGGCCUUUAAUUGAGGUGUGCUCUUUAAACUACCGAACCAACUGCUGUGUAGGGUCUUUGUUUCUGUACAGCUUUACUGCUGCUUUCACUUUUGUCUGCUUGUACUUCAUCUCCACUGGGUUUAAUCCACGCCCUCCGGUUUAUUUUAAUAAUUAUUUCUAUUACUAUUAUUAUCAUCAUUAUCAUUUUAUUAUUACUGAGAAAGGCUGAACCCAGGAGUCAUUUCAUAAGUAGGUUCAACUUGGCUGAGUACGAUCGUCCUGGUGCGGUAAACAUAGUCCUGAAUAAGACUGAUGUUGUUGACAUUGACUGACGAUUCAACAACCUGUACAGUCGUCUUCCGAGUCAAUGUGACUUGUGUUACGUCUGUUGAUAACAUCAAACUUUGGUCAUUGACCUGACUGGUGAUCAGUUAAGUCACGAUGUUAUUGUUCGUCUGUCAGUUAAGCCGUGAUGUUAUUGGCUUUGAAGAGUCAUAAUGUCUUCGGUGCGUUUUUAUCAAUGUGUGUGUUCGGAUACGUUGCAGCUAACUAUACUUUAGCAGUAGGCGUUGUUUGUUUUUUCUCUAUAAUGAUAAUGAUAAGGUCUUUUAAUCUUGGCAACACUGACGCUCUAAACAUAGACUUGGGGAGGGGAAAGUUUUUAACUGAUAAUUUGUAUUCUACCUAAGAGAGAAAUCAGCGCCAUUUUCACAAAUCACUCGUCUUGUUAAACGAUUUCAAAGUAAACCUCAAAUUCAAGCGUCAUAGCCAAAGUAAACGCCUAGAAUCGUAAUAGUGUUACAAAGAUUUGGCAAAUCAGAAUGCCCCUCCCAAACAGAUCUACUAUUUCCUAAAGCUGAGGCUUCGGUUUUUUCAUUAUUUACUUUUAAACCAGAACGCGCACUAAAAUUCUUUAGCGCAACGAAUAGGUCGUCAUAUCAUCAACGAAUAGUGAAAGUUUAACAUCUUCGUCUCGUAUCGUAAUUCCCUUAACGCCGUCCUCGCCUGCCGUUGUACUGAAAGUACGUAGAAGUCAAACAGAGGUUGAGUAGGUCCACGAUGUCGUCUUUAGGUAGUGGUAGUUCAAUAGUACAGUUCUUAAUAGCGUUCUUAGCACACUGAUUCCAACACUCGGACCAACGUCAACUCCGGCCCUGUCACGACAGCGACUAUGCCGUACAUCACACAGGCACCUCUGAAACUAUUGCACGUAUACUACAACCUUAAAAUAUACGUGUUGCGAAAUGGCGAAGUCAACAACUACCAGUUGCUUGUCAAGCACCAUUUACAGACGAAACACUGAUCAAAUAGACUGGGAAUCUGCGAAAUGUAUUACGUAUUCACAGACUACUAUCAACGACCCACAUAGCGGGUUUACUAACUUAAAAAAAAAACGCUACUGAAUGGUAGUCAACGGUUUCCGGCACCGUACAAAUGACUUAUUGGCGGAAUCAAGAAAACUAACCACGAGAGAACGACUGGACGACUUCCAGUUUGACUAACAAUUAACGACUGUUUAACUGUGAAGAUAGACGGAUCGAAACGCACCAAUGACAUUACGAGUCUUCAACCAGAGUUAUACCAUCAACUGACGUGAUGCAACUCACUUUGAAUCUGAAGAUGACUACCGCACAGGUCGUCGAAAAACGGUCAGUCACUGUCAACAACAACAGUUUUAUUUAGGACUGUGCUCAACAGGGCGAUCAUAUUCAACCUACUUCUUAUAAUUAUUACUCAUGAUUGUUAUUUAAUUUUUUAAAAUUAAUCUGUAAUGUUUUCUAUUGCUAACUCGAAUUUAUGAACAUAGGAAUGCUACAAUGGCCGAAAGAAAGUUCAAUAUGGAUCAAAGUAGAACAGAAAAUACGCUGAGCGCCAACAGACAAUCCGAUCUGGAAAUGGAAUACAAAGACGACUUUAGGGAUGGGGCUCGCGUUGACGCAAUCGAUAAAAUAGAAGCCAAACUGACGAAGAACCAAAAGAGGGGACAAAAUGCGACAUCAGAUCAACUGAAGGCAUACAGACUUGCCUGCUUGAUUUUUGAGGUAAAGUAACUGAAACAUACAAACACACCAAAGGUUGACUUCAAAGCCAAAAAAUUAUUCUCAUUCAAUGACAGUCACCCCUUUUGCUUCGCUUUUCACCGGGGACGGCAUUCUUCACCAGCAGAGCAGUUAUCGACGACUAAACGUCACAAACGCACAGUGCUCACUAUGAGUGGGAGGUAAUAACGGCGUUUUUAACCUUUAACCACAGUAACAGUCAAAUAUAUUACAUUAUAAAGUGACAUACAAAAUGCUAUGUUUUAGAUCUCUUCUUUUUAUUAUUAAACCCAAGUGAGAGCUAGGUGUUAAUCUUUUGAAAACAUUAACCCCCCCCCCCCCCCCCCCCACCACCACCGCUUGAUUGUCUCAUAACGUAAAGAUGCUCCAUACCGACCCUAGGAUGGAUGGAAACUCAGGUUAAUACUGUACCUCGCCAUGCAGGAAAUACUAAAAGCCUUACCUCUGAAAUGUUCUCUAAACCUGCUUAUUUGUUGUUUUCGUGUUUGUUCCACGCCCUCAGAUAUCAUACCAGUGCUCGUCAAAAGCAAGAGAAAGUUUCAUUGACUUUUAUUCUUCAAUGCUAAAGACGUUAGUUGCUGAAGCACCUACUGUUGGCUCAAGUGAGAGCAAAUACAGAAAGGUUGAGAAUUAGUUUAAUAAAUGUCGGCAAUAUUAUGAAAAGUUGUUAUUUCCUGCGAGUUUACUAAUAACUAUCCGCGUUUUUCAUAGGCCGAUUUCUUUUAUCAAAAACAUUGUUAACAGGAGUUUAUCUAGCGGUGUGAAUAUGGCCUUAAGUAACAACCUACUAUAUAGAUUAGUGCUGUAGUCUGUUUGGGUUCAUUAUAGGUUACAACCCAACCAAGCCAAUCCUCGGUCUAACAGGGGCAGGUAUAUGGAUCCCAAGGAUUCAAAACUCCGUGCAAUUCCAGGCUGGAUAAUAUACGGAUCCCUUUUUGCGUCAGUAUGUAAAGAAUUUUAUAUCGAUUUCACCAAACUUUAAUGAGGCCACUUUUUAUUAAAACACCUUGAUUCACAAUGGCCAUAUCUCAACAUUGCUACAACUAAAAUCGGCAUAGACCCUACUCAGACCGGGAGCUUUUUGAGGCCCCCCUUGCUAAAAGCUUAAGAAACUUAGAGGCUUUUCCUUAAAAAUUAUCUGGGAACAUUUUAAAGUGGUCGUGACGUGUACGUCAAAAUUGACGGUACCAUAGCAACCGAGUUUUGACAGCCAUGUUUUAUUCAGAUUUGCUCUUUUCCUGCAAAAAGGGUUAAUUUCUAGUUUUACUUAUUCCAUUAUAGCUUUACUCAUAAUCUAGCAAUAUUUAUAUUCAUAUUUUAUUCUAUGCAAGGAGCAGGUCUAAUAUAUGUGUUGAAAUCAUGAUGGUUUGCUUCAUUCAUCGUCGGUUUUAACUUAUCUCAUUAGCUUUCUGAUGUCAAGCGUUCAAAGCAUUCUUCUGUUUCUCAAGAUUCAUUAAAUGAGGUGAUGGUGCUUGUAAAGGAGGACGCCUUGAAGCAUAGCCUGGCAGCCCUUACGAAGGUACUGAAGACGACAAAAUAUAUUAAGCCUUUUGACACAAGUUAAGUGAUGGUCAGUUACUAUGGUUACGAGAUAUGACGUCAUAAGUAGCAGGUGGUCAAGCUAUUUUUGAUUGAAAAUGCAUGUUUUUUUUCAACAUUUUUCAGCAAUAAAAGUAAAACUUGUGGAUAAAAUAUUAGUUAUGUGUUAUUUUACAAGUUAAGCGCAAAAAAAUAGAGGAUAUUACCUGGCCGCGCGAAGAUACGAAAUUUCUCUUCAAGCGAUAUUUCACGAGUGAGCGCAGCGGCCAUGUAAUGUUCUAUUUAUUAUAUAAACACCAAUGAAAUACAAACAAUUUCACUUUAACAGUUUUUUUGGUGUGAAAGGAGCGAUUUAUUAUGUAGUCAUAGCAAAGGCGAUAUUUUCACAUGUGAAGAUAACAUGUUAUUUUGACAUGUGAGGAUAUCAAGUUUUCGGUCGAAAGCUCACCUGGUAUUUCAUUGGUGUUUAUAUAGUAAAUAUUGAUUCUCACUGUUUUUACCUGAUUUUUAUUCUUGAUAAAAUCCAAGAUGGCGACCAAGAUGGUGACCGUGUUUGGUGACGCCACAGUCCUCCAGCGGCGCCACCAUCCAUAAAAUAUACUUCAACUUGUAGAGAAGAUCAAAGACUUUCUACUGAAGGCAAAAUUGUUUCGAAAUACUGAAACAAAUAAAAAACUCGAGGGGGGUCCAUCAACAACCACCCCCUCUCCUUGUACCAGGGUGGGGGUAUGACUUUGUGUGUACGUCCAAGUGUUAAGAUAAAAACAAAUCGCGCCUUACAUUUUUUUUUUUAAUCAAAGCAUGCAGGGUGCGGGCUCCUGGUGAUAAUUACAUUAAACCAUGUGUCCUUGCAUAAUAUCAUAGUUGACGAAUUAUUCCUUAAUUUUGGCGCGAAAUUUCAGCUUUAGUUUAUAGCAGAGCUCCACGCGGCUCCAAGCGCGCGAAGCGGAGCACCAUGGGUAAGAAAAUUUGGAAAUCUACCCAUCCGAGAACUAUUGGUAAUCACGUGACCGUACGCCCCACCGACCGUGGUCCGCACCACGGGCAUACCAAUCUAAAAUAACUCAACUAAAAGGUGUGGCAACCCAAACGCAACUCGAGGUUAUUUUGGCGGGAAAUCGCAUAGCCACCCGCGUCUUGUGAAGCAGAGACAACUACAGAGACAACAAAGACGAAAACGGAAAGCGGAAAUUGUUUCUGUAUCUUUGUUGUCUAAAGCAUUAACCUUAGAUUAAUUGUCGUGUCCACAAAAUUUGGAAUAUAGAGAAAAAAUAAAGUGGGUGAAAGGCCAGUGAAGCUCAACGAAGAAAAGAGAGCUAGAGCGGAAGAUAAGGCGCUAUUUUGUUGGAAGAACAACAUGAAAAAAUACACAACGGGUCCAUAAUAAAUGCUGCACGGGCCAUAAAAGUGACAUGUGAUGCCAUUUUAUUAUAUUAAUUUUGAUCAGAACGGGCCUCCAUAAUUCUAACGGGUUUUUUGUCAAAAAAUUCUGAAAAUUCUUAACUUAAGCUCUAAACGUUUGAGAGUGUGGAGUUCUCGAUCUAUACGAUCCAGGAUAAACAUGUCAAAAAUCCUCGAUUGCUAACGUAAUUCGUCACCAAUGAUAUUAAUACUUAGUCAAAUGGUAUAAUUGUGAAAAAUUAGGGAAUAAUUCCACUUGCGUUUUGUUCAAAUCCUAAUUUUUUCCUGAGACUAAAUUAUAAGGAUUUGGACAAAACGCGCGUCGCAAAAUUGUUUCCUAUUUUUACUUCUCACCAUUUGAUUACACAUACUUAGCAACCGAAACAACCUUAUGGAAAGGAAAUAAAAACCAUAUAUGUGUGUGUUAACCCUGGAACAACUGUGACGCGCAACGGUGAAACGUCUUAUAUGGGUCUAAACAAUCCAGAUAAAUUACAUUCCUAAGCUUUUUUUGCAAAAACAUUCUAGUAGAGUAACAAAUAUCAUCACAUCGUCAUCAUUAUCAUAAAUAUUGUUUUUCUUUGUACAUCUCUAAGGAAAAAAAGGGCGGUGCGAGCUUUUACAGAGGGUGCAAAACAGCUAUGAUAUGAUUACUUAAAACAUAAAACACACGUUGUUUCUUUUUACAGGACGUCAAAAAGGACCUCAAGAAAAGAUGGAAAGAAAAUGACAAGAAACUUCUUCCAAACUAUGAAAAAAGUCUUAAAAAUGAUUUAAAAGGUUACAUCGAGUAUUGCACCCGAUUCGCUUGGCGCAUCGUGACUCAAGUUCCACCGUUAAAGGUUGACUAUCAAAGUUCAACUUUUAAUCCCUCUUAUCAGAAUGAGAGUCAGGCUAUUUCAUUCUCUGCCAAGCAAAGUACCUCUGAAAGCUGGGUCGAAUCCCAAGGGCGUAAACAAAUUAAGUGUUUCGUAUGGCCAACUCUUUUGGACUCGGAGAACAGAGUUAUAGAGAAGGGAGACGUCGUUUUACACUGAAUUGGGGAAGGAAUAAAUGGGUUAUC